UUUGCUGUACACAGACACACAAAGAUGUCUCAGAGACGUUACCUCAUGUGUUGGAUUACGUCUACAUUCUUGCUAGUUGUAUCUAGUCUUCUUCAAGAAGGCGACACAAAUCUUUUGGUGAUGACUGUGGCGACUGAGUUGUCUGAUGGACAUGCUCGCUUCAUGGAAUCAGUCGAACAGCUUGGCUUAGAUGUCAAAGUUGUUGGUAUGGAGCAAGGGCAUAGAAGUGCAUUGACUAGGCAAAUCAGUGGUCGCAAGAAAAUUUCACUGCUGGUCAAUGCUCUUGCUCAAUAUAAAGACAAUAAUAAGCUGGUGGUAAUGAUCACAGACAGUAAGGAUGCGAUUUUGCUGGCUGGAAAAGAAGCUAUUUUGUCAAAAUUUAGAAAUUUUGAUUCUAGUUUGGUGUUUGCAGCAGAUAAAACUUGCUCACCAGACGAAUUUCUAGCGGAGAAUUAUCCUAAUGUGUUUUUGGGAUCUCGAUUUAUUAGCUCUGGUGGAUAUAUAGGAUAUGCAUCGGUCGUUUAUGAAGCUUUGUCUACAGCGCCGAUCAGGAGCAACGAACACGAGCAAUUAUUUUUCACACAUCUUUAUCUUUACAACAAGGAGUUCAAAAAAAAGUAUAACGUGAAGUUGGACCAUCGAGCACAUUUGUUUCAGAACUUGAAUGGAGCUGAAGAAGAAGUCGAGUUGAUGUUUGACGGCAGCCAUUCGUGGAUUGAGAAUGUGGUGUAUAAUACAAAACCCGUAAUGAUCCGAGGAACCGAAUCGUCUCGGUUGAAACUCAACUAUUUGGGAAACUACGUUCCGAAUCGGUGGCUGCCUGACAGCGGAUGCUCAUUGUGUGAUCAAAAUACAUUUAGUUUGCAAGACAAAGCUGAUACUGAAUUUCCAGACGUGUUGAUUGCAAUUUUUAGCAUAACUCCAACUCCAUUUUUCAAGCGUUUUUUGGAACGAGUGGCUGCUUUGAACUACCCAAAGAGUAGAAUCAGUCUGAGAUUCUAUGUAUUGAAUAAAUUCCAUCAUAUUGAUGCCAUGUUGUGGCUGGAUGAACCUAGUAAUGCUGCCUAUAGGAAUGUCAGCUUUAUAUCUCACGAAAGUCACUUAACAGAAUCAGAAGCUCGUGAAGAUGGAGUACGCUCCUGUGUGAUGAGCAGCUGCAGCUACUAUUUUGCUAUUGACACUACUGCGAUGCUAGUGAAUCGAAACACGUUACGAUUACUGGUGGAACAAAAUAGGACAUUGUUGGCUCCGCUUGUUGCCAUACCAAAGAAACUCUUCUCAAAUUUCUGGGGCUCUCUUUUAUCGACGGGCUACUAUGCACGUUCUCCUGAUUAUAUUGAUAUCAUAACGAGAAGAAAAGUUGGCAUUUGGAAUGUUCCAUAUGUGAUGGCCGUAUACUUAAUCAAAGGAAGCGUACUGUCACAGAGGUUUACUUUGCCUUACACAGCUUCUGGUGUAGACGUUGAUAUGGCUUUCUGUGCAUCACUCAGAAAGCUGGAAGUAUUCAUGUACGUGACAAAUCGACAUCACUUCGGACAUCUCGUGGAAUCAUCUCGAUUCACGACAACUCGUUAUCACAAUGACAUGUACCAGUUGUUCGACAAUAAAUUAGACUGGGAGGAGGAAUACAUCCAUCCCAACUACUCUCAGUGCAUAGAGGGUUCUACUCAACCUCCCAUGCCUUGUCCAGACGUUUAUGACUGCCCGUUGUUUUCUCCCAAAUUUGCUAGAGAACUGAUUGAGGAAAUGGAGAGAUACGGUCAAUGGUUACCGACGAAAGAAGAGAACGAGGACAUUCCGUUUUAUGCCGAUCAGGAGUCUUUCCAAACAGUCGAAAUUGCAAUGGAUAAGAUUGCGUUUAAUUCUCAAUGGAUGGAAAUAAUAAAAUCCUACAUAUUGCCAAUGCAACAACAAGUCUACAACGGAUACAAUUCUCAUGGCCGUUCUGACAGGAACGUUGUUGUCAAAUACAGAAAGCAAUCUUCGUUUGCAUUGAAACCUCAUGGUGCCAAGUCGGGUUUUAUAGUCAAUGUGGCUCUCUCACAACAUGGUCGUGACUAUCAGGGAGGUGGAUAUCGUUUUGUUCGUUACAAUUGCACUACCACUAGACUUUCUAUUGGUCAUAUCCUGAUGUAUCCGGGUCAGAUAACUCAUUGGUAUGAACGUCUUGGAAUAACAGCAGGCGCUAACUACGUCAUAAUCUCAGUCAUAGCACCAUAA